GCAUCCUCUUGUCACGUGGGGAAUGUUGCCUCUUUCUAUACCCCCUUUCCCUACCAAACAUCUACGCCACUGCCAUCCCCACUGCGGAAAGUUACGCUUGUAGGAACUCUGGGACAGAGCUUUGGUUGACUUUGGCAUCUUUGAUAUCUGACCAAGCUUUAAAUGCUCCAUAGUGCCUGCUUCCACCUCCUUCGUGGCUGCUGGAACAAAUUGUCCUCAUCCACUCCUUCCUUCAGGGGAAGUAUUCUCAUGCUUGGGGUUGGCAUCUACCUAACUCACCAAUAGUUCAAGACUUGUCAGUUAUCCUCAAACUGGUUCAGCCUAUCUGCUGAGACAGUUUUACCAAGGUGUGCUACAGGUUCUUGGAGCUGCAGAUGAGAGUUGGCUGAAAGGUGGGACAGCAAAGGUGGAUGAGCAGUCCUGAAAAGGGCUUGACAAGCCCUCAUAGCAGAAGUGCUAGUCCUCCCUGAACACUGUACAUUUUGUAAACAGCCAAACCCAACACCAUGCCAAGGAGCUAAAGGAUGCUCCCCAGAGCUGGGAUCUAUUACUUUCCUUGGGAGAUUGGUUCCGGUGUAGUCCCAGAAGGAGAAACUGUAAGAACAUAUGGCAGAUUCCACUGUUAUGAUAUGGUUCGGUCCAGGGUUACUUUGGUGGCCCAGCAUCAAUCAGUCCAGCAUCAGGUCCAUGUCUGCACUAAGUUUGUGGAGCCAUUCCAAGCCCAUACAGGGUCCCUGUAUAUCGUGCUCGGGGAGCAUGAACAGAGUGAUGAUAAGGUUUCCAUGAUAAAGGCUCGUGUGCUGACUUGUGUGGAGGGGAUGAACCUGCCCUUGUUGGAACAAGCCAUCCAUCAGCAGAGGGAGUAUCAGCAGGAGAGAGAACUACAGGAGAGCAAGAACAACGGGCUCGCGCCCAGGCCCGUACCACCUUGACCCAUUCAUUGCUCUUUUCCUGGGAGCAGUUGUUCGCCUGUCCCCUGUCCCUUGUUUGCUAUCAUACUGUGCCAAAAGAGACGGGGCUAAAAAGGUGAAUCCCAUUUUGUAACACUGCAAGAAGUCAUCGUUUUGUAAUCCUGGAAGAACACCAGAAACUCAUCCAUUUGUCUCCAUCACAGCCCAUCUGCUGGUGCCAAAACCCAGGGGUAGGGGUCCAAGCACCUCUUUUCCCCAGGAGCCUACUUGUUCUCCCAGGCACAUUUCUUCUUGUAGGUGGGGUCUGGGGUAAGCAAUAUUUUUUCUACAGGGCAAGGUAUUAAUAAUAUGGGGUAGUUCUUGUGGCCUGGCCCCAGCCCUCUCUAUCCUCUUCUAUUUGGGACCGGGUUGACCCCCAAGAGGGCAAGUUUCUCUCUCUGGUCACUGCUCUCACCCUCAAAGAUUACUCCAAGGAAACGUCUUAAAUAAAGCUUAGGUAAAGCCUU